AAAAAAUAAAAUAAAAUAAAGAGGGAGGAAGGAAGAACAUGCGUUAUUUCUCUCUCUCUCUCUCUCCAUUUUGCUUGCAUUCAUUCAAUUAGAGACGACACGACGGCGACGAAAUUGAUGAAAUUCAAAUCUCCUUGAAUCAGAAUUUACUGGACAGGACAAGAUCUGAGAUCUCUCUCUCUCUCUCUGGUGUUCUCCAUGCAAAGCCUGUUGGUUUCUUUACCGAUUUGACCCAACACUCUGUUUCUUCUGCAAAAAAAAAAGAUCUCUGCUUUUUCUUCAACAAAAAGCUUCGAUUUUUAUUAGAGAGAGAUGAGUAGUAAUAACAAUAGGGUGUGGAACGAAGAUGACAAAGCGAUUGUUGCUUCGUUACUCGGCAAAAAGGCUCUCGAUUACUUGCUUUCCAACUCUGUUCCCAACGCUAAUCUCCUCAUGACCGUCGGAAGCGACGACAAUCUCCAGAACAAGCUCUCCGAUCUCGUCGAGACUCCCAACUCCUCCAAUUUCUCUUGGAACUACGCCAUUUUCUGGCAGGUCUCGAGGUCAAAGUCGGGAGAUUUGGUGCUCUGCUGGGGCGAUGGCUCCUGCAGAGAGCCUAAAGACGGAGAGAAGUCUGAGAUGAUGAGAAUGCUGAGCAUGGGAAGAGAGGAAGAAACACAUCAGACUCUGCGUAAGAGAGUGCUCCAAAAGCUUCACGCUUUGUUCGGUGGGUUGGAUGAUGAAGAAGAUAACUGCGCUUUGGUUCUUGAUAGAGUUACCGACACUGAGAUGUUUCUUCUCGCUUCCAUGUAUUUCUCAUUCCCUCGUGGUCAGGGUGGUCCUGGCAAGUGUUUCCACUCUUCUCACCCCGUUUGGUUAUCGGAUUUGGUUAAUUCCGGUUCUGAUUAUUGCGUUAGAUCCUUUCUUGCUAAAUCAGCUGGGAUACAGACUGUUGUUUUGGUUCCUACUGAUAUUGGUGUUGUUGAGUUGGGCUCUACUUCUUGUUUGCCUCAUAGUGAUGACUCCAUCUCCUCUAUAAGAUCUUCCUUUUCCUCUCCUCCUCCUCCUCCUCCGGUUAGAGUUGUGUUGCCUGUUGUUGUGGCUGAUGACAACAGUUCCUCCAAGAUAUUCGGCAAGGAUCUGCACACUUCUCCUGCUUUUCUUCACCAUCAUCAACAGCAACAGCAUAAUAGGCAGUUCAGAGAGAAGCUUACAGUUAGAAAAAUGGAUGAUAGAGUUCCAAAGAGAUUAGACGGCAACAGGUUUAUGUUCUCUAAUCCCAGCACCGCUCCUACAUGGAUCCCUCCGAGGACUAACAACAACAGUGUGACGGCAGAAGCUCCUAGCAGGGAAGAUUUCAAGUUUCUACCUUUGCAGCAAUCAUCAUCAUCGUCUCAUAGGCUGCUUCCUCCUGCUCAGAUGCAGAUUGAUUUCUCCGGUGCUAGUUCAAGGGCUUCUGAGACUCAUUCAGAUGGUGGAGGAGGAGCUGAUUGGGCUGACCUUGUUGGUGGUGCUGAUGAAUCUGGUGGUGACAACAGACCGAGGAAACGCGGAAGGAGACCUGCCAACGGAAGAGUAGAAGCUCUCAACCACGUGGAAGCUGAGAGGCAACGGCGUGAGAAGCUUAACCAGAGGUUCUACGCCCUCAGAUCAGUUGUUCCCAACAUUUCCAAGAUGGACAAAGCCUCCUUGUUGGGAGACGCCGUCUCUUACAUUAACGAGCUUUACGCUAAGCUCAAGGUUAUGGAAGCUGAGAGAGAGAGGUUAGGUUAUAGCUCUAACCCUCAUCUCUGCUUGGAGCAGCCGGGGAUUAACGUUCAGACAGCAGGUGAAGAUGUGGCAGUGACUGUUAGCUGUCCGUUGGAUUCUCAUCCGGCAUCAAGAAUCUUCCAUGCGUUUGAAGAGGCUAAAGUAGAAGUGAUUAACUCAAAACUGGAAGUUCCACAGGACAUAGUGUUGCAUACGUUUGUGAUCAAAUCUGAAGAGGUGACUAAAGAGAAGCUCAUCUCGGCUCUCUCUAGAGAGCAGUCCAGUUCUGUUCAGUCGAGAACAUCAUCAGGUAGAUAGCCUUUUGAGAGUGACAAGAAGAAGUUUGUAGUGAAGAAGAACCCUGUAACAAUCCUCCAGGCUAGGAUUUUAGAAGUUUUUUUUUUUAUUUAUUUGUCAAAAGUAGACAACUCGCUUUACAAGAAAAAAAAAUAGCAUCUAUUUAUUAUGUUGAAGAAGCCUUUGGGACUUGCUUGAGAAUCUGUCUUUUGUUCUGAUUUUUUGGCCUCCUUGAAAUAUGGAUUCUUCGUAAGAGUGAGUUUAACAAA